GGCGCAUUACCAGUCGAAGAUGUCGAUGAGUACAACUCGGAAGAAUAAUUCCCCCAGCAAAAAGAGAGUGCUCCAGAUUUCACAAAGGUGAUACCAGGGAGGCGCGAGGAAGAAACGGGCAAUGACAUGAACAUACCUGGUACAGACAGGCAGAGAAGGGACUCGGCCGUCGAGUUUACCAACCCAGAACAAAUCCCGCAACCUCGCGACGAAGUACUCUGGCGUCUCGAGUUUGAAGAAGACAACGAGAACGUCUUCUUGCAAGGGCCGCAUAGACAAAGACAGGGGAGUUGCAACGGCUUCAUCCUGACAGACAUGAUCAUGUGCAGCAUGGCGGAUCCGCGUUUCGUCAUGCCGUGUUUGAACCACAUCAAGUUUCACGAGGUGCGUGCGUUGAAAGCGUGGCUGUGUGGCGCCAACGAUGGCGGAGUAUGCUACAUCUACAAGAAUGGUACGGUCAGUCGAACAGAGAAGCUACUGCAGGGGCUGUGGAUACUGCAGACAGGAUACCGAUUUGAGAGCGUCGCAGUGGUAUUCUCGCGCACUCCCGUGCAGGUGCGCGAAGCGUGGAUUGAAGUCAUGGAUGGUCUGCUCGAACUGCACUCUUUCACAUGGGUAGGAAAUUGACAAUACUCUGACCUGUGGGGUGUGUGGACACAGUACAAAGAAGACGAGGAUGCCACUACAGCAGAGCAGUAUUACGGGAACAAACCAUUGGACGUUGACAAGGUGCUGAUAACGCCCAACUUGUGUAUUGGGAGAUGGAGGGCACAAGGGCGAUUUUCGCUCAUGGGUGGGAGCACGAAAUGGGGGAAGACGUUCGCGGCAGAGGGGACGGGA